AUGUCACAGAAUUGCGGAGACACUGAAGAAAUAUUACAACAAAUAAUUCAAAACUGCAAAUCUAGUAGACAGCAUCGAAGAGCCCUCCGUGACAAUUGCAAAACACUGACUGACAUCAUUUCACUAGGACGCUCAUCGGAAAUUUCAAAUGAGCAAGCUGCUGCUAUGGAAUCUCCUAAACCGGCAGCCAUAAAUAAGGUCAAACAUUCACAAGACGCACCAUAUCGUGGACGAAGAGGCGCAAGAAGACCUACAGAAGGCGGUCAACAGUUUUGCCCAAGAAAUAUUGAAACUACCAAAUGCAGAAAUUGUGGGGGAAGAUACCCUCACAAUAGACAAUGUCCAGCCCGUGGCAAAACUUGCAACUUUUGUAAAAAGCCCAAUUACUUCAUGAUAGUAAAUGAGACAGAUGAAAACCAAAGUCACUGUUUUGUUAAAUGUAAAGGUAUUUCUUCAAUGCCAACAACAAAUAAGAAACAGUGUCCAGACUACAAUGUAUGGGUUAUGCUGGAAGGUAAAGGCUGUAACAAUGUCACGGCCCUCUUUUAUGCCAUUGCAGACAUUACCGAGAAGAAACGGGAUGGAAAAUUGGCACCCACAUCAAUGAAAUGUACAUGGAGCAAUCCACGGAAGAGGAAACUGACACCUAAAAAGUCACAGGACCCUACAUUUAAGAAGUACAUUUGUACAUACUUUGACUCAUUGAAAAUUACAUCAAGUGAAUGUGUCAGUAUUGAAUGCCUCACUAGAAAUCAAAGUGGGUCAGAUUUAUGGGCAACCGCGAGAGAAGAGAGGCUAACAGCGUCAAACUUUGGAAGAAUUUGUAAAUUAAAGAAAUGUACAAAACCAGAUUCCACAUUGAAAGACAUUUUAAAAUACAGAACAUUUGAUACCAUCCAUACAAAAUAUGGAAAGAGUCAUGAAAAUGUGGCUAGGAAACAUUACGAAAAAUUUAUGAGAAAAUCACAUCCUGGACUUACUGUGAAAAAAUGUGGACUGCUAGUGACACCGGAUUAUCCCCAUCUUGGGGCAAGUCCAGAUGGAUUUAUUAACUGUACUCACUGUGAAAGCCACAAUGGUUUACUUGAAAUUAAAUGUCCAUCUUCUUUAAGCUGGAGAAUGAAAACACCAGAAGAGUGUGCAACUGAUUCAAAGUUCUUUUGUGUUUUGCGUGAUGGAAAGGUUACUUUGAAACAAACUCACAAUUAUUAUUAUCAGGUUCAAGGGCAACUUGGAAUAAGUGGACGGAAGUGGUGCGAUUUUGUUGUUUGGACAUGUGUGGGAAUAUCAGUGGAAAGAAUCUUUGCUGAUAAAGAUUUCUUCAUAAAUCAUAUGGUGCCUCAUUUGAAUGACUUCUAUUUAAAAGCAUUUAUCCCAGAACUCUUCAGUUGUUGUGUUCAACGUGGAAUACCAUUGAAGUGUUAAAUAAAGUGUUCAAUCAUCAACAAGGACUACCAUUGUAGUGUUAAAUACAGUGUUCAAUAUUCAACGAGGAUGUACAGUUGUAACAAUUUAUACUAUACUUAGAAAUAUAAUUGUAAUGUUAUACAGUGUUUCAUUGAAGACAUGAAUACAUUUUCAGUUACUUAAACUGUAUUCAAUGAGGAAAAUCAAUAAACUGUUACAUAUAUGUGUUAAAUGAGGAAUACCAAUGUAAAUAUUAAAAUACUGCAUGUUCGUAACGUUGUUUUUCAAUGGAAUCGGAUAAUCAUGACUUUUAUAUAGUUUUAUAAUACUGCAUGUUUGUAACAUCACUUUUCAUUUGAUAAUCAUGACGUUUAUAUAGUUUUAUAUACACGGCUGCUGUCGAUUAAUAAAGAACUCUCGCUUGAUUCCUCUAAAAAUGAUGCUUGCUGUAUUAUAAAUUCGUUAUAAAUAUUUCUGACAGGUUAUAUUGCCGUUUAUAAACGGUUGUUUGCAAUAUAACCCUCGCCUAGCAACUCUGGUUAUAUUUACAAACAGCCGUUUAUAUAGGGCCAUAUAACCUGUCAAAAAUCUUUAUAACUAAUAAUAUAUUGAACUGUGCUUUCACAAACUUAGUACGGUACGAGAAACAAAUGAAACAUUUCUUUAGGCCUUGGAGAAAAUUACUUAGACCUACAAAUGAACCUUAGAAUGAUGCAAUGUCCAUCGAAAUUCUAGGGCACAAACAGAAAGAUACAAAGCACAUGACCUUAAAUCACUUCCUCAAGAUCUCUGUAAAGGAAACAGGUCAUGACAUUUACACAUUCAAUCUUUUUUAAUGCAUAACAUGUACAUACAUGUGAACUUUUUCAAUGCUCAAGAGGAAGAAUUUACUUCAAAAAGAGGGAGAUUUUUUAAUUGACAGGAAAUUUUGAAAUGGAAAGGAGGGAGAUUCUUUAUUUUUUUGAAAACACCCCUUAUUCUUAGAAAAAUAUUUAAAAAUGUCACAGGAGAAAGAGGGUGUCUCCCACUCAAAUUUGGGAGUUCACAUGUUUGCAUGAACACAUUUAUGGAAACAUUCCAACAUGAGUUAUUUUCCAUUCAUUUUUAAACUAUAAUUUGAAAAAAUGCCAUGGUCAAAGGCAUUUUAGAUAUAGUUGCUCCUAACAUUUUUUAACUUAAGCGGCCGCUUAAUAUGUGCAAACUUGAUAAAAGACUACCAAAGAAUGCUACAAACAAAAUUUGGUGAUCAUCCAUUAAUUAGUUUUGUAGAAGCAGACGUUUAAAGAUAUUUCUAAUUUUAGCUAUUGCGGCCCAAAAAUAUGGCCGAUCAAAUUAAUAUGAGCACACUUGAUAAAAGACUACCUAAGAAUGCUACAGACAAAGUUUAAUCAUCCAUCAAUUAGUUAUGUAGAAGACAAUGUCUAAAGGUUUUUCUAUUAUUUGCUGUUGAGAACCCUAAAAGAGUCUUAUCAAAUAAAUAUGAGCAAAUUUGAUUAAAUACAAGCAAAGAAUGCUACAAACAAAAUUUGGUGAUCACCCAUCAAUUAAUUCUAUAGAAGCAGACGUUUAAAGAUAUUUCUAUUUUUGCUUUAGCGGCCCCUAAUAGGAGCCAAUCAAAUUAAUAUGAGCAUACUUGAUAAAAGACAACUUAAGAAUAAUUCAGACACAGUUUGGUGAUCAUCCAUCAAUUAAGUCUGUAGAAGGAGACGUUUAAAUGUAUUUCUAUUUUUGGCUAUAGUGGCCCCUAAAAGAUACCAAUCAAAUUAAUAUGAUCAAACUUGAUAAAAGACUACCCAAGAAUGCUACAGACAAAGUUUAGUGAUCAUCCAUCCAUUAGUUCUGUAGAAGAAGAUGUCUAAAGGUUUUUCCUAUUUUUAGCCCUAUAGACCCCUUAAAGGGGCCACUCAAAUUAAUAAGAGCAAACAUGAUAAAAUACUACCCGAGAAUGCUACAGACAAAGUUUGGUGAUCAUCCAUCCUUUAGUUCUGUAUUAGAAGAUGUCUAAAGGUUUAUCUAUUUUAGCUCUGUUGACCCCUAAAAGGGGCCAAUUGAAAUGACAUGAGCAAAUUUACGUGUGACUGUCAAAAGGAUGCUACAGACCAAAUUUUAGGUAAAUCUGCCCAGCAGUUUCAGAGAAGAAGACGAUUGUUGACGCAUGACGACGGACGACGGAGUAUCCUCCUUUGAUACUAAUAGCUCGACCUGUGCCUUCGGCUCUGGUGAGCUAAAAUACUAAACAUGUCCACAAAAAAAUCUCCAGGUACACAACUACACAUGCUGAUCAACUAUCUUGUAAAGUUUCAUGACUCUAGGUCAAAUACUUUUUGAGAUAUGUGCGACACAAGUUGAAAAUUGCAAAUAUUUACUAAGUCAAGGGCAAUAACUCUAAAAAUAUUAAAUAUAUCCAUACAAAAAUAUCCAGGUGCACAACUACACAUGCCAAUCAACAUUCCAAUAAAGUUUCAUGACACUAGGUCAAAUACUUUUUGAGUUACGUGCGAUACAAGUUGAAAAUUGUAAAUUUUUAUUUAGUCAAGGGCAAUAACUUUAAAAAAAUACUUAAUAUAUCCACACGAAAAUACCCAGGUGCACAACUACACAUGCUGAUCAACAUUUCUAUAAUGUUUCAUGACUCAAGGUCAAAUGCUUUUUGAGCAACGUGCGGCACAAAAGAGAACGGAUGGACGGGUAAAUCUAAAUGCCCCCCCCCCCAAAAAAAAAAAAGUCAACGACGAGCAAGUGAAUGUAUUAUGUAUUUGGACACUGGCGCUCCGGUGAAUAUUCUUGGUGAAAAUAUAUAUAGCAUAAUUGGUAAAUCUGAACUGUCAAACAGAAAUUUGCCUAAAUUAUUAAAAUUUGUCUAAAUUAUUACCAUAUGGCAGCCCAUCACCUUUGAAAAUAAUCGGAAAUGCAAACUUGCCAUUGAAAAACAAAAAAUAAUCAGUGUCGAUACACUCUAUAUUGUACAUGGCAGACAUGGAAGCCUUAUCAGUUACCAAGCAGCAUGCAAUCUAAAUAUCAUUGAAAUAGUAAACCAAAUACAAGAAAAAAAUAAGAGGGUGUGAAGCAAGACACAUAUCCAAAUCUUUUCAAAGGGAUAGGAAAACUUAAAGACAAGACAGUGAAACUACAUAUUAAUGGAUAUGUAAAACCGGUUGCUCAAAGAUACCGAAGAACACCAUUUAAUCUGUGUAAUAAAGUCGAAAAAGAAAUUACAAAAUUAUUGAAUGAGGACAUUUCUUAAUGACUGAGUUUGCAUAAUUUGCGCCCUAUACAUUGAAACCAUUAGCCUCCUUGGGGCAACUGAUUCUAUCAUUCUAUCCAUUCAACCAUUGCAGAACAAGAUCACCAUUUACUUCAGUGCUGUUUGAUCUUUGUCUGCAGUGUUUGCUUAAAAAAAUGAUGAACAGUUGCGUCCAAAUUGAAAUUUGACAUGUGAAUGUAAGAUUUUUAUUGUGUUUUUAGGUUUGAUAUUUAAUUGUUAUAACAUAUGUUAUUUUUCUGUUAACAGGGAGGAAUUAAAAUCUACGCAAAAGGAGAUGUAUAGAGUGCAUGAAGAAUAUGUGAAGAUGUGUGAAGAAAGGGAACUGAAAAGGUAGAAAAUGAACCAACUCCAUGGAUCUCGCCAAUUGUGACACCAUCGAAGAAGAAUCCUGAGGAAAUCAGAAUAAGUGUAGAAUGUCCAGUAACACAGAAAACAGAGGAUCAGAAAACUGACUGUAGAGUUGCGCAAUCAAUCUUAGACUAUUAUGAAAGCAAAAAUGAAGAGACUAUAAAAUUGAUCUAGAAGAAGACUAUCCAAUAGUUUGUAAGAAGGAAAAUAAGCAAAGUCAGGAGUUCGAUUAGGAACACAUAGACAAAGGAGAGAAACAAGCAUAUCAGAAGACUAUUUAGUCAUUCUUGAAGACAGUAACUUAUUAGUAAAUUGUGAUUGCACAGCAAAUACGUGUAUUAAAGAAAAUUCUUGCAGUAAAUUAAUUAUUUUUAAAAUUAAAAAUAGAGAAUGCGAAAACGACAAUAUCUGCUAUACAAGAGACUAGUGUAACAGACAGCCAGAAAAAUCUGAUAAAAAAACAACAAUGAAAUGUCAGACCUCUUUCAAAAUCAUAAGUAUUGACUUGAACAUAAUAGAAAACACAAUCUCGGGAUGGAUGAAACAACACACUAUUCAAUAACUGGGCAAAGUGAUAUCAAGAAAGUCAAAUUGCAAAACGAAGUCCCAAAGACUGACAUUCCAAUGACAGGUGAAGAAAAACACGAACUGAAAUUUUCUAGGACGAAUUUAAAAGAGAAUAACGCAGUCUGAAGAACAGAUAAAUCUCCUUCUGCAGCAGACAUCAAUGUGUACUUCUUGACCUUUAACAGACCAUGAUCUUGAUGCUGUGUCAUGUAUAUUGGACUACAUCUAUAUACAUGCUGAGAACUAACAGGAGAGAGACAGGUCAAUUCCCUUUUUACAAGUAGGUUCAUUAAAAGAAACAGUUAUAAAUAGCGGUGGCUUAUAAGAUUAAUUAAUUAAAGAUUUGUGAUAUCAUGUACAAUGUAGUGGUUAUAUAUUUGGAAUAUUGUGUUUGAAAAUAAAAGUGUGCAAAUAUUUUAGGGAAGAUUUUUUUAAUAACAUUUUUUGGAUUUUAUGUCUUACAUGACUUUCAAAGAUAACGGAUUUUAUAAGAAAUUGUGAGAAAACUUGUGACAAAAUAUUUUAAUUUAAAAAUGGAAAGUGUUAAUUCUCAACAUGAAUCAUCUUGUCCGUCAGAUAUUGCUGAGCUUGCGGGUCAAAGUAUUCCCACCGAUCAGGGGCAAAGUAUCCCCAACAAACAGGGGCAAUGUAUCCCCACUAUAUCGGGCCAAAGUAUGCCUGCUGGUAUAUUGCAAGCUAUGCUUUACCAGCAAACAUUGCUUUUAAAGACAGUCCAGGCAUUGCACCAAAAACAAUAAAUGACAAAAUGACUGUGAGUGAUGAAAGUGGCAAUGAAUCCAAACAAGUAAGGAAUACAUGUAUAUCUUCCUCAAAUGCUCCGGCGUCAUAUGAAUUAGAUGACGUUUCUUCAGAGGAGAGACACAAGUGACUGUGAAGAUUUACGCUCAAUGAUUAAACUCUACAAUGAAAGCGACAAUGUCACUGACAAAAUCCACGAAAACUUGCCAGUAAUAUCAAUUUGUCUCUUAGAAAAAAACUUUUCCAAGAAAGAUAAAAAAGACAUACUUGAAAAAUUUCACAGACCUGCAAAUGUUAUUAAUAUGAGUGUUCCUAAGGUUAACAUUGAACUAUGGAAAGAUGCCCAUCAAAAUCUGAGAAAUAAAGACAUGAAUUUAUCAAAAACCAGGGCUUAAUUCUAACAGCGUGCUCAUGUGUUGUUAAAUACCUAACAAAACAAAACAAGAGGGCCAUGAUGGCCCUCAGGUCGCUCACCUGUAUAAAGGCACCCGGAGCGGGGCCAGUUUAAACCCUAGGGCUUUUAUUUGAACAAACUUAGAAGACACCUAUUAGAAGAUGUUUCACAAUGUUAAGUUUUUACUACUCAUAUAUAAUGAAAAACAAUGAUCUACUCCCCCCCCCCGUCAGGGCCA